AUGUAUAAUUUUGCUAAAACUGCAACAAAAGACCCAUAUAAUUUUGAUAUAAAUUAAAAGACUACUACAGGAGGAGGAACAAAGAAGAAUGAUACAGGAGAUAAGAGUAAAAAGUUAUCGAAUAUGGAACCUAAAAGAUUAGCAAUUAGAUUUGAUCCUCCAAUGAUCAGUUAAUAUUCAAUUAAUAUUUAUUAGUUGUUGAAUACUUAUAACCAUCCUCAGGAAAAUUAUAUCAUCAUAAAAUGAAACUACUUAAAAUGAAACCUGAUACUCCAGCUAAUCAUGCUUUAGAGUAUUUAAAGAAGAAACAUGCUAUGUACUUUAUGAGUAAUAAGAUUCCAGAAAAGUAAUUGUUGGGUAAGCAAAUGUUAUAUCAAUAAAAUAGAGUUAAUUGGAAAGAUUUAAAAAAGAUUAUAAAUUACAAAACCAAAUGUAAAUGCAAAUGCUACUUUAUAACGACCAACAAGUUCAACAAGACCUAUGAGUUCUUCUACUUAAGCAUCAACAAAUAUGUCUAAAACAUAAUCUAAAUUAUAAAAGGAUAUUGAAGACUAUGGUAUGUCUGAAGAGGAUUUAUAUAAUUAUGCUAUGAAAAAUUAAAAAGGUAAAUAACCUGUUUUAGAAGAUGAUGAUGAAGAUGAAGAUGAAGAAUGUUAUGAAUAAAAUUAUGAAGAGGAAUCAGAUGAUGAAAUUACAGAUGAAUAAUAUAAAAUGCUCUAUUAAAAAAUGGGAUAUAAUCAAUUGAAUUUAAAUAAGAUGACAACUGAAGAAUUAAAAAAACACAAAGAAAUUAUGGAAUCUAUGUAUAAGAAAAAUUCUGUUAAACCAGGAGAUAAAAAUUAUAAAUAUGAUGUACAAAAGGAUUUCAAGCCUUCAGCUCAAAAUCAAUGGGAUAUGGAUGAUGAAGAUGAUUAUGAUAUAGUUUGA